AUGGUAAAACGGGUGGCAGUGGUGACCGGCGCUAACAAAGGCAUCGGUUUGGCGAUCGUCCGAAACCUAUGCGGCAAUGAGUUCGACGGCGACGUCAUACUAACCGCGCGGGACUGUGACCGCGGAAAAGCGGCCGUCGAGGCCCUCAGCGGCGCCGGACUUAACCCUAUUUACCAUCGGUUGGACAUCACGGACGCCGAGUCGGUCGAAGAGUUGACGGGUUAUCUGCGCGACAACUACUCCGGUGUCGAUGUGCUGGUGAACAGCGCGGCGAUCGCCUACGGAUACGGCACGCAAACGGCGGUCGGCGAACAGGCGUCGCGCACAAUGGGCACCAACUUCUACGGCACGCGUCGACUCUGUCGCCGCCUUUUGCCAAUUAUGCGACCGAAUGGCCGACUCGUGAACCUCACCUCCACUUACGGUGUGCUCACGUCUAUUACCGAUGACGGUCUGCGGCGAAGAUUUUUGGCGCCCGACCUGUCGGACGAACAGCUCAUGGCGUUGGCCGACGAGUACGUGACGGACGCGCGUGAGGGCCGGCACGUGGCUAAGGGUUGGCCCAAAUCCACGUACAUCGCGUCCAAAGUGUUUGUCACGGCGUUGACGCGCGUCCAACAGCGCCAACUCGACGCCGACGGCACCGAUCGUCGCAUUGUAGCCAACGCCGUAAAUCCGGGUGUAGUUCCCACCGACCUUAACGGCCACCGGGGGCACAGGAGUCCCGACGAAGGGGCCGAUGCGGCCACGUAUUUGGCACUAUUACCACCUCAUUGCGACCAACCGUCCGGUGCUCUCGUUUGGUGGGAUCGGCGAGUCGUCGACUGGGCCUAA